GAGCCAAUGACCACAAACAGUUUCUAUUCACCGUUGCCACAAUCAAGACGUCUAAUACGCGUUUCUCGAAAUCUCAGCCGUAUGACGAUCGACUUUCAAACACGCAUACAACAGAUCAUUAGUGUGCAGCAAAGUUAAUAAAAAAAGCAAUAUAGUAUCUAUAUAUACAAAACAAAAAAAAUAAAGAAAACACAAAUAGAAUUAAGAACAAAUUCAACAAACUUGGAGAAUGUUUUAUGGCCAAAUUAAAGAAAUUAAACACAUUCAGUGCACACAAUGUUACUAAUGACCAAAUAAUAUUAUAGUAAAUACACUAAAAUAACAACAAAACCAACAACAACAAAAAAGCGCUCUAUGAUCUAUGGUCAAUGAUCAUGUAGUAGUAGAAACAACAAAAGCUAUGGUGGCCAACAACAACGUUUAAACUAAAUUUUUAAUAAACUUAAUAAAAUAAACAAAAAAACGGAAAAAAAAGUUUUAAAUAAAUAUUUGCCAGCACGAAAUUAAAACUCACGUAAAUUUGAAAGGUGUUAAAAUCAAUUAGAUUUAAUGAAAAUUCCUAAAACAGAAAUUUAAAUUUAUAUAUAAAAACUAAAUUAUUAUAAUAGAAAAACAUUAACAAAAUUAAGAAAAUCUGCAAUUUGAUUGAUCGCGAUGAUUAAACAUUCAACAGCAUUGGAUCAGCUUUGGUUGUUGUCAUUGUUACUCACAUUUGUUUUGUUUAUCCAACAUUUACCCACCACCGCCACUGCCCGCUCUUACCCCUGCCCUUACGCGCAAACCGUUAACAUUACAGAUGGUUUGCGUUUGAAAGACGGCUCUUACUCGUUUGAGGGUCUAGUCAUACCGGUCAAUUUAACGGCCGAAUACACGUUCAAAGUUAUCGAUGGCAUCGAAUAUGAUGCCCCCAAACAUAUGCGUGGUUGUGCCUGCCUACUGAAACCGUGCAUUACAUUUUGCUGCCCACCCAAGAUGCACUACGACGAUGUGCAUCAGAAUUGUACGCUCAAUGAGAAGGAAUCUCACUCACAGCACUCUCAUAUUGAGGUGACAUUUAAAAAUGGCUCAAUAGAUGUGGUAAAUAUUAAGGAUGCAUUUAUUGUCCGCUAUGAAUUCGGCUGUAAGGCGAAAUAUAUCGAAAAGAAGAAGGAGGAAUUUUGGAAAUGGGAUUUGUUUGAGAAUGGCACACUCAAACGUGAUGCAAGAUAUUACAGUACCGAUGAAUAUUGCUUUACACCGUUAGAACAUAAGAAGGCCUGGAGUUUAACACCGCUAACAUGUGAAAGAUACCAAAGAGGUCUCAGGGUAUGGAUCUAUGUUAUCUGCACCUCAGUGGCCAUUAUCGUCAAUAUCACAAUUAUCCUCAUGUUUGUGGCCAUUAAGGAUGUGCGCAACAGUAACUAUGGCGAGGGUUUGAUAUUCCAUUUAUUUGCUCUAACAAUUGGUUUGGCGGCCCUGGUAUAUUUGCAAUUGAAAAAUCCCAUGAAUCUAUCGCACACGGCCUGCAGGAAUAUAGGUUUCCUGGCUUAUUUCUUUUUGAUUGUCUCAUUUCUGAUUUUGAAUAUUAUCAGCGGUAAUUUUUGGGCCACGUUUUCCUUGAAGCCCAUUAAAAGCUGGCAUUUGAAAAUUCUGUAUGGCUUGACAUUGGCAGUGGCCUUUGCUUUGAAAUACUUGGCCAAAUUUGCCCAAGAUUCCAAUAUGCCACGUUAUUUGAAGCCGGGCAUAGGUGAAGAUUUUUGCUGGUUUGAUAUACGUUUAUGGGGCAUUUUAUUGUACUUCUAUUUGCCCAUUUUAAUCUCACUGACAAUAAGUCUCUACUUUGCGUUUAGAGCUUAUUUCAGCAUAUUCCAACUGCCUAGCGAUACAGUAAAUGUGGCUGGCAAGGAUUUUAAAACCACAAAAAAACAUUUUAUGGCCUAUUGCAUUUAUCUGUUGGUUGUAUUUUCCAUUUGGAUGCGUGAAAUUAUUGUUUAUAUCACAGCACGCUUUCGCCAAGUCUUCUUUAUUAUUGAUUAUUGGAGUGGCAUUUGUGUAUUGGGUCUGGCAGCGGUGGCCUUUAUAUUUCUGUUGACCAGAAAUAUUUUCGUACGCAAUUGGUGGAGUGUAAAUGUCACCGGUCCACCCAUAGAAUAUGAUUACUCCUUGCCACCAAGUUUUUCUAUUGUUCAUACUCAGGACAAAAAGCCAAAUGAAACUGUAGCCGAACCGCACGAAUAUACUGGGAACUAAAAGGCAGUUCAUGUAGAAUAUACUCCAAUAACUAACGACAAGUCUGAUGAAGUUGAUUUUUAAUUUUUAGCAAUCUGCAAUGCUGUACUUAAUAAAAUAUUGAAUAAAUGAUUAAUUUUAAGUGGAAAAAAACAUAUUUAAAUGUUUAAUGUUUUUGCUAUUUAGGAUAAUAAUGACAAAUUUACAAACUAUUUAAGAAAA